AUGGGCAACAGCCUACGGUGCUGUUUGGCUUGCGUUCUUCCCUGCGGCGCGCUCGACGUCGUCCGAGUCGUCCAUCUCAGUGGCCAAGUGGAGCUGUACAGUCGCCCUGUCUCUGCCAGGGAAGUUCUGGCGGCUCACCCCAACCACGUCAUCAGCAAGCCGUGCUCUCAGGGAGUCGUCCGCAAGAUCUUCAUGCUGUCGCCGGACUCGGAGCUGAAGAGAGGCAAUAUCUACUUCUUGUUACCAGAAUCAGCGUUGCCGGGGAAGGAGAGGAAGAAGAUUCACCGGAAAAGGCCCCAGAAAACUGGUGGCGACGACGUCGUUGUCAAAGACUUGGAUCAUGACAACUCAGUUGAGCAGGAAGUCGUUUCGACGAAGGUGUGUCACCGCCGGCGGCGGAGUGGCCGAGUUGGAGUAUGGAGGCCGCAUCUCGAGACCAUAUCAGAAGACUGA